GCGGGCAGUCGGUGCAGAAGUGGGCUUUAUCAGUGAAAGGGAGAGUCAUGAAGCAAGAAAGUGGAACUUGUUGUUGCUGACUGUACAGAGCUGUUGCCAUCAAAGCUUGAUGUGUCUUUCUUCCGUUGUGAUAACUAACCAUACAUGUUCCACUCACGUUUGAUUUGUCAAGUAGCGUGGAGUUGCCUCUCAACCUUUACCACUAUGAUUGAGUCAGGGCUGUUACUGUUGCUGCCGCAAGCUGUGUAGAAUAAUGACCAUUCCUUUAAGGCAAACCUCAUACCUCAAGUCUGGACAACUUUAACCUAGAUACCCCUCUCAGAUCACCUAUCAACACUACACCUUAAUGGCUGGCAAACUUAGAGUGUAGAUUUUAUUUUGUGAUUGUAUUUUUUCUCAGUCACAUGCUUCAUCCCAAGCUUGUGAUGAAGGAAUGAUAUUAGUGACUCACGCAACAAGACGCACUUCCACUAUCCUCCUCUCACCACAAGCCACUUCUUGUGUUUUUGUGGUCAACUCUGAUAUUCGAUAACUGGAUUAUACACCAUGGAUUUUGGAUCCCCUGCCUAUGGUUACCAUGACGGUUCUGUAUCCUAUCAGAUCUGUGCAGAUGAAGUUCAAGAUGUAUUAUGGCAAACUAGGCCAGUGUAUGCACCGAAGAACACUACAAUGUCACCCACAGCCACCCCCUCCGCACCAGGGUACCACACCCCUCAGGGAUCCUGGACCCCCAACCCCUACUACCGCUCCUCAGGGGUAGGGAUGCGGUACUCACAGCCCCACCCUGCAGCUUACGGCAGCUAUGCACAGUCACCGAGUUAUCCACCUCGCAAUAUGCCUGCCGCCAGCCCCAACACAACAAGUAGCCAGUCCAGCAACCAGUCUCUGUCUGGAGAGAACCUCAGUCGAACAAACCUCUACAUUCGUGGCCUUAACCCCAACACCACAGACAAGGACCUUGUCACAUUAUGUCAACAGUUUGGAAAAAUUACAUCAACAAAAGCAAUAAUCGAUCAGAACACAAAUAAAUGCAAAGGGUAUGGGUUCGUAGACUUUGAGUCUCCACAAGCGGCUGAGGCGGCAGUCCAGACGCUCCAGAGUCAGGGCAUCCAGGCACAAAUGGCAAAGAUUUGGCACCGACUCGAUUCUCAACAAGAACAAGAUCCAACUAAUCUGUAUAUAGCUAAUCUCCCUAUAUACUUCACCGAGAAAAAUUUAGAAAAUAUGUUUAAAGACUACGGUACAGUGAUAUCCACAAGAAUAUUGCGGAAACCUGAUGGGUUGAGCCGUGGAGUGGGCUUCGCACGCAUGGAGUCACGGGAGAAGUGCCAGCAAGUUAUCGAUGCUUUCAACGCUAAAAUUUUACCAGGUUGUACAGAAGCGUUGUUGGUGAAGCUGGCAGACAGUGGCAGUAAGAAGAAGAAUCAGUUCCAGCAGGGCAGAUUAUUUCCUCCGGGGAGAGAAGACGAGCUAGGCCUUCAAUUACAGUUCAGUUAUGACCAGCAAGCAAUUCCAACAAAUCUGAACCAUGGUCAAUAUAUGCCUUACAGUGUAGCCACACCAGCGGCGCUGCUGCCUACCGGACUCGUGCCCCGUAACUACACAUCGGUGGCAACGACCCCAGUGACUACCUAUCAGGUGUCGUCCAAUCCCGCCACUUGGGGAAUGCAUCCACAGUAUAUCAUGCAACCGCAGUUGCCUCAUUAUGUCGCCAGCCCCUAUGCCCAGUUGGCUUACCAACAGGGGUCUCAGACAGGGGCCAUGUUGACAACACUCCCCAUGGAGGAUCAUAAUUCGAAUGAAGAAACUGCCCAGCAUCACUUUCAAGCCUAUGCUGCUGCCGCUGCCAAAUAGAGUCUGUUGUGCUAACAGCACAUGUGUGUAAGUGCGUUCCACAGACGUUUCUAAUGGCAACUGGCAGCCAUGUUGUGACAGGGAUGUGUGACUUCUCCAUUGCCAUGAUGGACUACUGACACGGACUAUUUUUUACCAUUUUGCAAAUUCCCAUUUUUUGACUGCGGGAGUGAGAGGUUUUAUGCCAGAAUAUUUUUGAUUUUUCUUUUUGUUGAGAGCAAGUUUCAUCAUAACUGUGACCAAAUGAACUUUUGACUUGUAAAAAGAUAUGUUUUAAGUCCUGAUUCUAGUUCAAGUUUUAAUGUAUAGAUUUUUCGUAUGUUUUUUGCCAUGUAGAAUACAAAUGUUGAUCUUUUCAUAAAGUAUCUUUGAUUUAUGUGUACGUUUCUUUUGAGGACUGAGAUUAUACUUCUGACUAUUUGGCUAAUUGUAGACUUUUCAUGAAGGGGGAUUGUAGUCAAAUGAACUUUACUGUUUAUCGUUGUUUAUUUUGCCAAAUUUGAGGGAUAUUUUUACACCUAUACACUAGGAGGUGCACUUUCUAUUUUGUAUGUCGGUCUGUGAAUGCAGAGGCCAGUGCACAGUCAGAAUGGUGACUUUAUUCACUGUUAUUCAUGAUUAUUGAGCUAGAAUCAACAUGAAUUUUUCCAGUUGUAUAUUUUCAUGUUAGAUGUUAGAUUUUGAUGGCUUCCUCGCGACACACCAGGGAUGUAAAUGGCGGUUUGUACAUAGUCUCUGUAAUGUAGAACCAGAGAAUAUUACAAUUUUUUCAUCACCAAGUACAAGGUAGGGCUGGGACGGGUAGCUCGGGUACUUGGGUCAGGUGGUUCCUGAGUAGGACCCAUGGUUAGUCACGUGAUAUAUUGUUUAAUAACAAAAAUUAUCUAGAACUUCCACGGUUUGGCAAUAAGUGACUAAUGUUCGCAUUUCUUUCUGACUA